AUGGGUCUGUCCAUCUCGAAGCUGUUCGACAAGCUGUGGGGGAAGAAGGAGAUGAGAAUUUUGAUGGUUGGUUUGGACGCCGCCGGAAAGACCACCAUUCUCUACAAGCUCAAGCUCGGUGAAAUCGUUACAACCAUCCCCACCAUUGGAUUCAACGUCGAGACCGUCGAGUACAAGAACAUCCAGUUCACCGUGUGGGAUGUCGGUGGUCAGGACAAGAUUCGUCCCCUGUGGAGACACUACUUCCAGAACACCCAGGGUAUCAUCUUCGUCGUUGACAGCAACGAUCGCGACCGUAUUGUCGAGGCCCGUGAGGAGUUGCAGCGCAUGCUCAACGAGGACGAGCUGCGGGAUGCCAUUCUCCUGGUCUUUGCCAACAAGCAAGAUUUGCCCAACGCCAUGAACGCUGCUGAAAUUACCGACAAGCUUGGUCUCCACAGCUUGAGACAGCGCGCCUGGUACAUUCAAUCUACUUGCGCUACUUCUGGAGAUGGUCUUUACGAGGGUCUUGAGUGGCUCGCCACCACCCUCCGCAAGGCCGGACACUCAUAA